AGUCCGCUGGGCAUGCGACGGAACAGAACACGGACCCGAGUGCCGAGACAUCGGACUCCUCGCGGGAAGCCGGGCCCAGCGGCGUGCAACAAGUACAGCAUCGCGGCGCGAGUCACAACUGUCAGGGGCCGCGUUGCGUGUGUCAGAUAUACGAGAACGGCGAGCUGGCCGCGGUGAUGAUGAACCAAGGCCGGAAUAACCAGGAGAACGGCGCCUAUCAGAACGUGGCUCACGCCGCGGCGCGUCGCUUUCAAAACCGUCCCUGCAAUAACACGCCGCAGCAGCCGCCGCAGCAGCCGCCGCAGCAACAGCAGGAACCGGAGGAGAACAUUUACGAGCGGCUGGACAACGAUGACGACGAAGACGACGGCGCGAACGCGCGCGACGCUCCGCGAAACGAGUCCCUGGCGCCGAACAAUCCGGAUCACAUGUACGAGAGAAUCGGCGAGCGGAUAUCCUGCAGCGGCAGAGCGCAUUGUCCCGGUUACAGAUAUCACCGAUUAAAUCACGUGUCCGCUCAUAGCUUCCUCAACGACGUGGACGGCGCCAGGAACGCGAGCCAAUACGAUCAACUGAGGCACAUUUAUCUGGAUUAUUCUCGACUGAGCGGUAACCUAUGCCAAAGCUCCCUGAGCAGAUUAGGCCGUAACUGCUUCUCGACGGAGAACAUCGCGUACGCCUCCACCAGACGCUCCGUUCAUCCCUUCGUUUACAACAAUUGCACAUGCUCGUAUUGCAGGCACGUGGACGCGAGAUACCUCUGCCAGCACUGCCACAAUUUGCACAACAGGCUACGAUAUCAGGAGGCCGCCGCGACCUCUAGGCAUUACGUGUACCAACUGUCGAGAAACUGCCGAUGUCCCUUCUGCCGCGGCGAAUAUCCCUACACGAAGUUCCCUAUCAACGGCCCUCGCGCCGCCGAGCUCUUUAGAAUGGAAUGCUGCCACUGCAGGAACCCGGCCAGCUGCAGUUGCCGCGGUAAAAUCCCGUCCGACGCGAGUUCGGCGAUUUACAUCGGCAGAUACCUGGAUUGGAUCAGUCGGACUGGCCAGUCCGUCAACAAUCCUCUCUACGCCACGAUUCACGUCGGUAGGAUAGACCGUGCUUCCGGGAGUAACGCGUCCAACAGCGGGAGCAAUCAGCCGGCCGAUCCCGGGCCCUCGACGUCUAAUAACGCGACCUCUCGAUUCAACGAGCCGAAUUCGUCGAUCCUGCGAUCGGUAUUCGCCCCGGCCGCCGCCGCCUCCACGUCGAACGCUUUCAUCUGCCCCGUCAACCGAUACGUGGAGCGCCAACACACCUGCGACGACUCUUGCAUUCGCGGUCAAAGCAGCGGCUUAGCCGGGAUAUGCCAGCUGCUCGGCAGAUGCGAGAGAACGGAAUGCAAUCAUGGGAGAUUGUCAGUGCACUGGUGGUUCGUCAACAAGUGGCUCCCCAUGUGGAACUCGCAUCAUCUCGAGCGAAACGUGGACGGCGCGCCGUACGUGGACGAAGCGUCGCGGGAACAGCGGGAAAGCGACAGCGACGAUUCUUAAGUCACGGGGAAAGUUGUAGUCCGAGUACCUGCCGCGCCUCACAAGCCGUAUAUCUUCCUGCGUUCGCUCCAGCCGUUUCGCGACGCGAUUCUGAUUUUUUCCGCUCGAUUCAGCACUCGCAACGAAACGAAUGCCGCUCUCUUGGUAGAUAUUUUAACGAUGUAACGAUAACUUCGCGCCGUACACGCCGUGACAAUAAAUUUAGAUAUACGGCGUUCCCGGAAUAUCCCCGGGAUUUUGCACAAAUGCGUCUUCUUUCGGUCACGUAGAUACGCGAUUACUUAGCUGGCGACUUGCGCGGGCUUAUUUUAACGCAAGUAAGGCAUAUCUCUUUCGAAUUAUGUAGAUCUGUGCGCUCCACAGCGUUGCUCCGAUAAACACUUGAAUUCGUAGAGUUGUAACAUACAAUAACGCGUGCGAAUUUGUGAGACAUUUAUUCUAGGUGUGUCGCGUUCGAGGCCUAUUCAGACGAACUUGCGUGGUGGAAGUAUUAGUAAAUGUCUCGGAAUGGUAAAGGGUUCUUUUAACUUUGACCCGUCGGUAGUUGGACUAAUUUAGCAUUUCAGCUGUGAUAUGUGUUAGAUCGAGCAUACGGUCGAUCUAAUUCACGGGCUAAUCCUGCGGGCUAGGUACCGCGUCGCGAUGUUAAAACCGUCGUCCGCGUCGUAUAUCCUUUCUAAGUUCUCUGCGUCGGAAGAGAGCGCGUUCCGCGUCUCCGAAGAAAUCAGGUGAAAAGAGAGAAAGAGAGAGAGAGAAAUACCUAGCAGAGUGUACAAAGUACAUGCUCGAACAAAUCUUAUCAAUAUAUCUUAUAGGCAUCGCGUAUCGAGCGAAACAGCCGCUCAUCUCGUAUGUCUUAUCAUUGUUGUAAUAUUUUAUCUCGCGAUAUUUUCGGUGUACUCCCUUGUCGAUGUAGUCAGUAUUAAGUUAUCUCUACACAUUACUUGGAACUAUUAAGCCGUGAGUGUUCGCGUUAUCGUCGAUACUUAGCGGUAUCGUCCAUCGCUCAUUUACAAAUAAGAAUAAUAACCAACGCGUGUCCGACGCGUUAUCAUGGUCAUUUGCGAAUCGAUCGGUCUCUUAUAUGAUUUCAAGCAACACACGGAUUUAGUGACGCCGACACUCACGUGUCAAGUUUUACGGAUAUGUAAUUGUAUGUAUAUGUAUAAAUACAUGUAUUUGCGCAUGCACAUGAUUGUAUAGCGCUUCCAAACGAGAUAUCCUCCAUGAGGAUAAGUACAGCGGACGAUUGUACACAUGCUUUACCAUAGUUCUGAGUUCCACGGAAAAGGUUAAAUAAUGUUUGAUACAUAUAUGUGCAAUAUAGUAUCUUUUCGACCUGGACUGUAAUGUUCGUACCGUAUAUUUAGCGUGUCAUAAUCGUGUCGGCAUAAGAAAAAAAGGUAUACCGUUUGUAAUAUAUGUUACUGUGCAAGCGAGAGUGCUACAUAUAAAUAUUUUAUCACAAAUUGUUUUCUUGCGCGUAACUGAUCAAG